AUGAACAAAUAUCCAGACAGUGAUACAAGGGAUUCUAUCCAGAAAAUCAAAGUCUCUAUAUCUAUAAUUAAGUCUGUAAUACAACCUAUUAAUAAAGGGGUCUCGUAUGAGCCUGAGUAUAGAGGAGAGUCUUCAAACGGACGUGUCUAUUUUGAAGGCACUACAUUGCAAAAUUUGCAAAAUUAUAUCACGGACGACCAGCUUGCUCUUUCUGUUAGUCUGACUAUUGGACACAAAAAUAAAAACCCGGUGGAUGAACCCCGCUCAUACCCAAAACCUCGGCCUCUCAAGUUCUAUGACCAAGAUCUCAAAAACUUCCAAGAUGUUACUAUACAUGUACUUAAGAACAAUAAGGAUGAGCCGAAAGAAAUUGAAAGCAAUCUCAACAACAAUUCCACUGCUAGUAUAACCAUAAGCAAAAACAAGAAAGACGAAAGUACUCAAGAGUUUGUAUCGGAUAAAAAGACCACACUACAUGGCCACAAGUUUAUUCUCGCUGCAGCAUCUCCGUGGUUUAGAGAUAUAUUCCUUAGUGGCAUAAAAGAAUCUACCAAGAAUGAAGUGAAGAUUUGUGGAGUUGACCCAAUAAUAUCCCAGUUGAUUUUCGAUUUUAGCUAUGGGAAGGAUAUAUAUAUAAAGGACAGUACCCAUUGUAUAAAUAUUCUCAAAGUUGCCGAUCGUCUUCAGUUCAAAAAUAUCAAAGUCUAUGCUUUCUCAUACUUGCGAAAUCAGGUCAAAAAGUCCAAUAUAUUUGGUAUUUGGGAAGCAUCAGAUUUGUACGACUGUGACGAAACUCGGGCCUUAUGCGAAAAAUAUAGGAAAAGUGGCUACCCAGAUAUCUUUAUGUCCCCGGGGUGGCUUUCUGCUAAUGAUAAGUGUGCUAUUAGCGUAAUCAAGAUAGAUGGCUUACAAGGAAUAAUUGAUGAGACAAGAUUCUACAAAGCAGUACUAGCAAGAAGAGAGUUUGCUAUCCAGACAGUGAUUAACCUACGUAAAGCCAAAGAAAAGGAAUCUGAGGAGAAAAUCGCUAAAGCGCCACAUGUUACUCCCACUCCCAGUAAUGUGAAUAUAUACGAAGAAAUCCAAAAAGAAGCCAAAGAUAUCAAAGAAGAUGAUAAAGACAAUAGCUGUAAUUCAGAUACUCAGACAAAGACAAAGACAGAAAGGCUUAAAAGGCUAGAGAAUAUACGAUGGGAAAAUAUAUUAAAGAGGAAUUGGAAGCUAUACAAAAGCAUUUUGAAAUUAUGA